AUGGCAAAUCAAACGGCAGUCACCACCGCGCAAGCUCCUUCUCCGCGUCUCUUCAGUCAGGUUUCAGCAAGACCAGGAGAUUCUAAGUUGAUAUUUAGGCUAAUCCAUUUCUGGGAAGCUAGAAAUAAUUUGAAUGGAGGCAUACUAAUUGGGUUCGAUAUGCUGAUUAUUGAUGAAGCACUAUGUGUUGAUGCCUUAUUUUCUUCCGAAUUCCUAAUUGUAUGGCUGUCGAUAAGUACUGUAGCUCAGGGAUUCAUCCCUAAAAACCGUCUCAACCGAUAUGAGAAUGAUCUCGAACAUGGCUGCAUCUACACUCUCACAAACUUCUUUGCAUCCAACAACAAGGUGAUGUACUGUGUGGAUGAUCAGAAGCUGUACUUCACCACUCUUAGUCAUCACCUGAUCAAUAGUUAUUCUUCAAGGUUGGCUGCGAAUCCGGCUGCUGCUUCUUCAGUCAACAAGGUAGAGAUAGUUAAAUUUGAAACGCCCAAAAUGCGUGGGAUUGCUACCUUCAUCAAGUGUGAACCUCAAAACACCUAUGCCACCUUAAUUGCCUACUUUGACUGCAUUGCCACAAUCGAUGAUGUUAAGCUUGGCACUGAGUGGUAUUUCAUUGCUUGCAAGGAUUGUCAAACAAAGUUAAACCAGGGACCUACAACUUUCAUAUGUCCAAAAUGCAGAAAUGAAAAUGCUACUGCAAUAGCCAAGGUCAUCAAGUUGGAAAAUGGUGGCGAUGGUGCUGAGCAUGAGGUCCCACUACCACAAUGUUUCAUUGAUACCAUAGUACAGACACACAAAUUCAGGAUCAAGGUGGCCCACUUCAAUUUCACAUCGGAGAUGACCUUGACUGUUACAAAAUUAGUCUCCCCAGCAGUCCUACCUCCUAAAGACCGACCAGCUGACAUGUCAGCUCUGCCUCCAGCCAGUGAGGUGGAUAUCUCACUG